AUUACAGAGUUAAAUCUUGUAAAUGCAUGCACUGUGUAUUUCCAGUAUUAGAAGUUGGGUAAGCUUAAAACUGUUCUCUUGUGGCUUAUAGUUUAGGGCAAUUUUACCUUACCAUUACACUAAACGUGAGGGAAUGAAAUACUAAUCGGAGAUGUUAUGCCCUUGAGAAAGUGGUGGAGAGCAUUUGUCAAAUAAAAAAAUGGCAAUCAUUUGUUUAUUUAUUCUGAAGUGAAAAGCUCUCUGAUAUGGUGCAGAGUUGAGGUGGCAAAAAUAUAUUGAAAGAAUGUGAAAGACAUGGGUUUGGUGUUUAACUGUCAAACAAGUUAUUCUCAAGUCACAAGUCAAGAUUAACACACAUUAAUUUUUGUGUAACGAACAUCAGAAAACAAAACAAGAUUUGACAUCUCGUUGGGGAUGAAGACAGGAUUGCUAAUAGAAUUGACGGCUGAGGCUUGCAUUGAUUUCUGUAUCCUGGGUGUACGAGAGCUGGAGACAAUAGCGGGAUUCAAUAUUAUAAAUGGGUUUGUUUCACAGGCCUUAUGAUAACAAUGCACUUGGCUUUUAACUAUGAACAGUGACCUCAGUGAGACCUGUGUUGGAACUCAUGAAUUGGGUUCACCUUCUUUGCUUCCAAAGACAAUUGUUUUGGCAUUCAGCUUUUGAUUGGAUAAAAAGCUGCUGCUUUUGGUAUUGCUAUUUUUUGCAGUGAACCAAUUGGGAUUGGCCAGAGGUAGCUACUGGGUGCCUCUGACAAUGGUGGGCAGAAGGAAGUUAGGAUGCAUAAGGUAUGUAUAUCUUUCAAUGGGAUUCAUAAUGAUAGCCGUGACAGCAGAUGCAAUGAAUCUGACAAGAAGCCACAGUAAGAAAUCUACUGUUUCUUCGCCAGUGGACCUUUUUGUAGGCCUGACUGUCGUGCAGGAUGCAGUUACUAAAGGAGCUGUUUGUUUAGAUGGAAGUCCUCCUGCUUACAAUUUACACCGGGGAUUUGAAUCUGGAGUAUAUAGCUGGCUUAUUCACAUGGAGGGUGGAGGAUGGUGUCACAACAUAACAGCAUGCUCCAAACGUGCUCACACUCGCUUGGGUUCAUCUAUCUACAUGGGAGGGAAGUUGGCAUUUUCAGGCAUUUUAAGUGACAAUCAAUCACAAAAUCCAGACUUUUAUAAUUGGAACCGGGUCAAGAUUAGAUACUGUGAUGGGGCAUCAUUUACUGGAGACAUGGAGGAGGUAAAUCAGAUCUACAAACUCUAUUAUAGAGGCCAAAGGAUUUGGCAAGCUGUUAUGGAAGAUCUGCUGUUGAAAGGGAUGAAUAAAGCCAAACAGGCUCUACUUUCUGGUUGUUCAGCGGGAGGUUUAACUUCGUUUCUUCAUUGUGAUAAUUUUCGGGAGCUUCUGCCAAAGAGUGCCACGGUCAAGUGUUUGGGAGAUGCUGGAUUUUUCAUUGAUGUGCAGGAUAUUUCUGGAGAAUACUUCAUAAGAUCUUAUUUUAAUGAGAUAAUUAGAUUACAGGGUUCUGUCAAGAACUUACCUCGUAACUGUACAUCAACAAUGAAUCCAAGCAAGUGCUUCUUUCCACAAUAUCUCUUGCCAUACAUAGAAACCCCACUUUUUGUUCUAAAUGCAGCAUAUGAUUCAUGGCAGAUUAAAAACAUUUUGGCACCAAGUGAAGCUGAUCCUUACCGUCUAUGGCAACUGUGCAAGUUAGACAUAAAGAAUUGUAAUUCAGAACAAUUGGAAGUAAUGCAAGGUUAUAGGAAGGAAAUGCUUAGUGCACUAAACAUUACUGACAUCUCUACAAGAAGAGGUUAUAGGGAUGAAAUGCUUAGAUCAUUAAACUUAGCUAGGAACUCCAUAGACAGAGGCAUGUUUAUCAACUCCUGCUAUGCACAUUGCCAGACUGAGAUGCAGGAUUUGUGGCACUCUCCAAACUCUCCACGAUUAAAUUCAAAGACCAUUGCAAUGUCGGUGGCGGACUGGUUCUUCGAUCGACAACUUGUCAAGGAAAUUGAUUGCCCUUACCGUUGUGAUUCUACUUGUCAUAAUCGUGUAUUUACCGAAGAUGACGAGGAUUGAAGGGAAAUAAUUCCUUCUCAUUCUUUUAUUUAGAUGCUAUUCAAUUCUUUGAGUUAAAUAAUAUUGUUCUAUAUAGUCUGUAUUGGAAAGUCUUCUGAAGGUUUAGGUUUAGCCUUCAUUAUUCUUUAUUUAAAAAAUUGAGACCUGUUAAGGCAUUGAUGUCAUUUUAGGUGACACUUUGGAUAACCUACUAUUGAUUAUUAUUCAUUUUGGGGGGCACAAAUAGUCCCCAAUUGUUCCACUUCUCAAGGAUGUUUCUACUUGAAAAGAUUAUGUCCAUUUCAAAGCAACACCAGUAUUUUGAAAGCAGAGCACAGGCAAUCAUAUAAUCUACGAGGGGCUACUCAAUGCAGAAGGUAAGACACAAGUGUCAUAUUUAGAUGGAGGGUAGAAUGGUGCAUCGGAUUAUCAAUACCAACUUGGAACUACAUCCAAUUUUGUGUUCCUCUGUCACUCAAGUAUUUUGAAAGAAUAUCAUUUCCCAGGCAAACAUAAAAUCCACGAGGGGCUACUCAAUGCAGAAGCUAAGGUACAAGUGUCAUAGUAAGUUGGAGGGUAGAGUGGUGCAUGAGAUUAUCAACACCAACAUGGAAUUACAUUCCUCGGGUAUUUUGAAAAUCUGAAACUCAAUGUGCCUUAGGUUUGCACUAUUCAUGUAUUACGAUUAGGCGCCUCAUAAUGUGCUGAUCUGACUGUCAAAGGUGCACUUUUAUUAUGUAUUAUCUCUCUUCUUUAUGCAAUAUCUGUACUUUGCAACCUGAUAUAUGUUGCAUGUAUUCAACAUGCUACAUCAUAUGUACUAAAAUUGAAUAAUAUAAGAAUUGAGUGUACCAUUCA